GAGAGACCACAUGGGUUGCCUUAGUAACGACCUCUUUCACCUCUGAAGUUGAGACUUAACUCGUUGGUCACUGAAUAUCUGUUGAACAAAGAACCAAGCACAAGAAGCUGUUAAAGAUGAGUGCCAUCUUCAACUUCCAGAGCAUGCUGGUGGUGCUCAUUCUCCUCGUCUGUACAUGCACUUACUUCAGAUCUAUGUUCCCCAAGAUCAUAGACAACUACAAAACGGGGUUGUCGGGAGUGUUCUGGAAGUGUGCUAGGAUUGGUGAGCGUCUGAGCCCGUAUGUGUCCAUAUGCUGUAUAUCAAUGGCUCUCUACUUAGUCUUCUGGACAAGUUAGCGCACAUACAAACAGUUGUAGUAGAUCUAUAAAAUCAUUAUAAAUUUUUACUGUAAUCUUUAUGUCACCCUUUCCUAUUCAAAUAAUUAUAAGACUAAUUAUAUUUCAACAUUG